AUGAGAUACAUCCUCCUCAACGAAGGGGAAACCGACAUCCCGUAUCCAAAUGAGUCAUAUCACUUCGAUGAUCUAAUCACGACCGUCAAGCAGAAAAUCAAUGAUACGUCAGCGCCAUGCGAGACAUAUCCAAACUGCUCCACCUGUCGUGAUGCUGGAAAGUACAACCACUGCCGUUUCAAUUUUGAGAACAAUAUAAUCACAAUAGUGUGCCACAAAUGCAAGGGAAAUAGCCUAGAGAUGCAUCGUUUCAAUGUGUAUGUCACAAACCCUGAUAAAAUGUUGAAGCCACGGGAUGAAGAUCUAGUUUGCAGGGAUGUCGCCAAGUUCGUCCAAGCAUUGGAACUUCCAAGAUAUAUGAUAGGAGAUCUUUCAUCCAAAGUUUCUUCGGCCAUUGGAGAUAUUCUCGGGUCGGCCAGCAAAUUAAGGGUGCUUGAGAUGAAAGCAGCAGAGUUGACUAAAGCCAACAUGGAAUGCUUGUGCAAAGUGGUUUCGACGAGUACCGUGCUUGAACAGUUGCAUCUAUCUGGUUGCUGGCAUGAAGAUUCCCGUUUGGAUCGAUUAUAUCCUCCGAGCUCUAAAUACCAAUCACUUGCCAAUGCUAUCGGGGCCUCCAAAUCCCUUCAGCUUCUCCGCAUUUCGGAGAUGGAUAUGGACCCUGAACAAUUUCUGGUGGAUUUGUUUGCAAGUAGCGCACACAAGCUCAGAAAGUUCAUUCUAACUUUCACUGAUGUUGGAAGUGUAGGUAUACAAGCAAUUCAACAAGUUCUAGAGCAUCCAGAAUGCCAACUCCAAUGCUUGGAUUUGUCCGGACUUGAAAAUGAUACCAGUAUCACUGCGGUUGCCAAUGCGUUGAGGGUUAAUUCGGCGCUGAAGGAACUUGUUCUCUCCUGCGACUAUCAGAUACUUGAUUGUGACAUUUUGACAUUUUCGCAAGCCCUCGCUGUCAACUCAACUUUGGAGAAGCUGGAGUUGCGAUACGAUGGAUCUUCCGCUGAAGACUUUUUGCUCUCAUCAAAUGGAUGGAAAAGCUUUGUUCAAGGGCUUAGGGAAGUAACGAGCCUACGGCACAUUGAUCUUUCUGGAAGUCAUUUCACGAUAGAAUCCAUGGAGAUUCUGAUUGAAGGUUUGAAAAAGUGUGAUAACCUGACGCAUCUCACCAUGCAGAGGAUCUUGAUAAGCUCGGAGGAGGGUUUUAAUCUCAUUGGUGAUCUGAUUAAGGUAAUGAGCCUAAAGUUUCUCGACAUUUCCCGGUCCAACAGCCCCAUGUCCGACCAUGUCCUGGGAUGUAUUGCACAUUGCAUAGAGAGUAAUACAGGACUCGAAGUCCUCAAGCUUGUAGGUGUCAAUACCGAGGGACCGAAUGGACUCAAACCAAUCAUCAGUGGCCUUGCAAAUAAUACGACUCUUCAAGAACUGGAUGUUUCGGGCAGUAGCGAUGAUUAUCUAUUGAGGGAAGUUGCUGAGGCAUUGGUGAUCAAUCUGCAUUUAUCGAAGCUAAAUCUCAAGAAUGUUCCUCUUCCUUCGGACGAUUUUGAGUAUUUCGCAAAGUCUUUGCCCAAGAUGAAAGGUCUCGAGUCCAUUUUGUUUGGAGAAAUACAUCAUACUUUGGCUGUUGCUCUCCUCAAUGGUAUGAAGGAAAACGACACGUUGCAACAUGUGGAUGGUCCUUUUGGGGAUGAAAGCUGUUGGAGUAUGAUCGACUUUUAUCUACGAUUGAAUCGCGGUGGAAGAAAAAUGCUGAAGAUGGCGCCUCCCUCGGUUUUGUGGUCAAGAAUGCUAUCAAGAUCAACAAACGAUCUAGAUGUCCUCUUCUACUUGCUACGCGAAAUCGGAUUGCAUGCUUAG